AUGAGUCCCUCGAGUACCUUAGACGAGGCCACAAGAGCGUACACAAGCAGCACCACUAAGAAUGGUGAACACAACUCCAACGGGUCAUCUACGUCAAAAGUAGUGUCAAAGGCUACCCGCAAGUGGCAUUUUGAUACUCUUCAGGUCCAUUCUGGUCUCGAGAAUGAAACAGCCCAUGGGCAAUGCUCCCUGCCAAUCUACAACUCGGCAUCAUUCCGCUUCAAGUCAUCCAAGAGCAUCGAGGAUGCCUACAGCUUUUCAGAUGGCCCGAGGAGCCAGUUUUACAUGUACAGCCGACUUUCCAACCCAAGUAAUGUCGGCUUCGAAAAGCGCAUGGCCGCUCUGGAGCUCGGGAAAGACGCUCUUAGCUUCGCAAGCGGUGCUGCUGCAAUUUUGACAGUCGCGCAAUCCUUGGUGACUGUUGGUGAUAAUGCUGUUGUGAGCGGUUCUGUUCACGGUGGAACAUAUCAUCAAUUUGAAGUCAUCCUCCCUGCCAUGGGUCUAGAGUGUCGCAUCAUGGAUACAAAUGACCUAGAAAAGGUCGAAGCGGCGAUUGAUGAGAGGACCAAGUUCGUCUUCACUGAGACCAUCAGCAAUCCCAAGUUCGCAGUAGCAGACUUGGAGGGUCUUUCAGCCAUUACCCGACGUGCAAGGAUUCCUCUGAUCGUCGAUGCUACCUUUUCAGCUGCUGGCUUCUUCUGCCAGCCAGCGAGAUUCGGUGUCGACAUUAUCAUCCACUCAGCUACCAAAUGGAUCGGUGGUCAUGGAACCACGUUGGGGGGAGUUGUCAUAGAGACUGGUGUUUCUGACUGGCAGUCCAAUGCAGCUCGUUAUCCUCAUCUUCACGCAAAGAGAGGCCGCGAAGGCACGGACACCAGCCUCUACGACCAGUUUGGCAACGAGGCAUACAUGAGCUUCCUGCGAUGGGAGUUCAUGCGCGAUACAGGAGCUUGUCUCGGUGCGCAGGCAGCGCAGCAGCUCUUCAUCGGCGUCGAAACCCUUUCGCUUCGCUGUGAGCGCCAGCACCGUAACGCUCUGUUCAUAUCGUCUUGGCUGCGCAACCACCCGCGCAUCGCUUGGGUCAAGUACUUGGGCUUUGAAGACCACCCGUAUCACCAGCUCGCCUUGAAGUACCUGAAAGGAUUUGGAACUGUCAUGACCUUUGGGUUCAAGGGGACGGUGGACAUGGCAUUUGAUGUUGUGGAUUCAUUUGAGAUUAUCUCGAAUACGCCUAAUGUGGGGGAUGCAAAGACUACUGUAGGGCAUCACUGGUCGACGACGCAUAAGGGAUGUUCUGCUGAGCAGAAUGAGGCAAUGGGUGUGUAUGAGGAUUUGUUCCGGUUGUCCCUUGGUAUUGAAAAGGUGGACGAUCUCAUUGCUGAUUUCCAGCAAGCAUUUGACGCAGUGCCACUCAGAACCUAA